AUGGCGACUCAAAUCAACCCUUUAAUCAACUUCACCUUGCUCCUCUCACUCAACUUGUUCUUCACACGGGCUUCGGGCAACAACGACACCGAUCGAAUCGCACUGCUGGAAAUCAAGAACGGAAUAACCAACGACCCAGAUGGAGUUUUCAGCUCGUGGAACGAUUCCCUCCAUUUCUGCAGCUGGCCUGGUGUCCAAUGCAGAAGUGAUGAUGACAGAGUCACAUCCUUGUUGCUGUCAGAGCUUAACCUGGCAGGCACUCUGCCUCCACACAUCGGCAACCUCAGCUUCCUCAGGUUCAUCAACAUCGAGAACAACACCUUCCAUGGCCAAAUCCCGCCACAAAUCGGCAACCUGCUUCAACUCCAGCACUUCAACGCCACCAGGAACUCAUUCACUGGCCCGAUUCCAGCCAACUUAAGCCGUUGCUCCGAGCUCCGGAUCCUGACGCUGGCCUCCAACAAGCUACAAGGAAAUAUCCCUGCAGAGCUCGGCUCUUUAUCAAAGCUGGAGAUACUCAGGAUUGGGCAGAACUCUCUCACCGGAUCGCUCCCGGCUUCCCUGGGAAACCUGUCGCAGCUUGUCAACUUCGGAGCAGCGUAUAACGAUCUGGUGGGACGAAUUCCUGAAACCCUCGGUCGACUUUCGAGGCUGAACUUGAUUGCAGUUGGCGUUAAUCAACUUUCUGGUACAAUUCCUCUGUCUCUGUACAAUGUGUCAUCCAUCUACAUCAUGACAUUUACUUUCAACAAGCUGGAAGGCAGGUUGCCUGAGAACCUAGGCCUCACUUUGAGGAACAUAGGCUACUUUCACGUUUCCAGGAACAAUCUAGUCGGGACGAUCCCCGAAUCGUUCUGCAAUGCUUCAAAGCUAGUAGACAUCAACAUGAACAUGAAUCAUUUCGAGGGCAGGAUUCCGAACUGCCUUGGGAGUUGGGGAGGACUUCUGGCGCUAGAGGUUGCUGGUAACAAUCUCGGUUACAAUUCGACAGGCGAUUUCGAUUUCCUGACAUCGUUGGCGAACAGCAGUCAGCUGGAUAGCAUAGGUCUGGACAUGAACAACCUAGGAGGCGAACUUCCUCGAUCUGUUGGAAAUCUUUCAUCAACCCAGUUUGAGAGGUUGAACAUUGCUUCCAACCAGAUCAGUGGUGUUAUGCCGGAAGAGCUAAAGAAUCUAGUUGGAUUGACAGAGUUGGAGCUGCAGUCAAACCUUCUUAAAGGGCCACUUCCUUCAUUUUUGGGCAAGCUCUGGAAUUUACAGCGACUCAGCUUGCAAGGGAAUGAAUUCUCUGGCCGCAUUCCUGACUCCAUAGGGAAUCUACAACGACUGUUCGACCUCGACCUGUCGUGGAACAGGCUGGAAGGUCUCAUUCCAGCUGGUCUUGGAAAUUGCUUGAGUCUAACUUCCAUCGACAUUUCCUACAAUAAUCUCAAUGGAGAAAUACCUGCAAAGUUGAUGAACAUAUCUUCCUCAUUAGCCAAAUUGCUCAACUUGUCCCACAAUUCGCUUAGCGGUAAGCUACCUCCCGAGAUAGGGAAGCUGGCUAGUCUGAAUACAAUGGAUAUCUCUCACAAUAACCUGUCCGGUGAGAUUCCUAGCACGAUCGGGAAUUGCGAGAGCAUGGAGCAUCUGUUCAUGCAGUGGAAUUCCUUCGACAAGGGCGUUCCUUCGUCGUUGGCUUCCAUGAAAGGCCUCAGGGAACUUGACCUCUCCCACAACAGUUUGACUGGAGAAAUCCCACAGCAGUUGCAGGAUGUAAAGGUCUUCCAGCAUCUGAACCUUUCUUUCAACAACCUCCACGGUGAAGUGCCAAGUGGAGGGAUAUUUGCAAAUGCUACUGCCAUUUCUAUAAUGGGAAAUCCUCUGCUUUGUGGCGGUGUCAUGGACCUCCAUCUUCCCAAAUGCACAACGCGACCAGCAUCUUCUUCUAGUCGUAGUUCAGUAAAUCGCAGGGUUAAGCUCGCGGUCAUAGUGGUUUCUGUAUCUCUAUCCCUUCUGCUGUUGCUAGUCUUUCUUUUGCUUUACAGGAACAAAAGAUGGAAGGAGCAGGAAUCCGUUGAGGAACCAAAAUUGGAGCAAUUUGUGAGGGUUUCUUACAACGACCUGCACAAAGCGACCAAUGGAUUCUCUCCCAACAAUGUAGCAGGUUCUGGCGGGUUUGGUACAGUCUAUAAAGGGAAGCUUGAUCAAGUGGAAACACCGGUCGCGAUUAAGGUACUCAACCUGCAACACGAUCGAGCUUACACGAGCUUAGCCGCGGAAUGCAAUGCAUUGAGGAGCAUUCGUCACCGAAACCUUGUAAAGGUUGUGUCUUUCUGCUCCAGUACGGACCACAGUGGCAACGAAUUCAAGGCCUUAGUGUUCGAGUACAUGGAGAAUGGAAGUCUAGAGAAUUGGCUGCACGAGAUGCCACAAGUCGAUGGUGUCCAUCGAUCGAACAACAAGUUGAAUCUGGUUCGAAGGUUGAACAUUGCAGUAGAUGUGGGAUCAGCAAUGCACUACCUCCACGAUCACUGCGAGACCCCAAUCGUUCAUUGCGAUUUGAAGCCUAGCAAUGUUCUGCUGGAUGCUGACAUGGUGGGACGUGUUAGCGAUUUCGGUCAGGCAAGACUCGUUUCGUCGUGGGACGGAUUAUCUCAAAGCAACACGAGCACAACAACAGGGGUGAAGGGAACCGUUGGUUAUGCUGCUCCAGAAUAUGGGAUGGGUUCUGCAGUGUCGAAGCAAGGCGAUGUGUACAGUUACGGGAUCCUUGUACUGGAAAUGUUCACAGGAAAAAGACCGACCGAUGAAAUGUUCAGAGACGGGACGAAUCUCCAUGAUUAUGUUAAGGCCGCGACUGCUACCGGAGACAACAAUGUCAUCACCUUGGUGGGAAAUUCGUUUCUUUUCUCCAUGGAGGACGAGGACGAAGAAGGCAAGAGGUGUUUAAUGUCUGUGCUUGAAGUUGGGAUGGCCUGCUCAGCUGAAUCCCCUGGAGAACGGAUGAACAUGGCGGAUGCCACUAGAAGAUUGAAAUCCAUCAGGGAUCUAGGGAACGUCUUCGAUUUUCAUGCAAGAAAUAGCAAAUCCAGAACCGUUUUGCUGAAAUUUCAGAUGUCGGCUUUCGAGAAUGUGGUUGGUGGGAAGCUGAAGCUGAAGGGCAAGGCUCUGGAUGUGAAGGCUGGUGGAACAAAGAAGAAGAAGAAGCAUAAGAAAGUGCGGGACGAGGUUUCUCAGGUCAUUGAAAGUGAGCUCUCAGCAGCAUCAGGUAAAGCUGUUGAAGAAUCAAGUGAUGUCAAUGAAGAAGUCGCAGAAGACACCAGCAAAUUGAACAACGAAGACAAGUCUGAGUCUUACAAGGACCAUUUAACUGCUGCAGAGAAACGAUAUAUAGAGCAGAGAGAGAGGCUGGACCGACACAAGAUGGCGAAAGAAGCCAACAAAUCACAUAGGGACAGGAUCCAAGGUUUCAAUCAGUAUCUGGCUAAUAUGAGCGAGCACUACGACAUUCCUAAAGUCGGGCCUGGCUGAAAGGAACCACACUUGUUCUGGGUCAAUCAAUGUUCACUGGUGUUUUCGGUCAAUGUUCUCACCGUGGUGCCAAGGUCAUCUGGUGGUUGUGUAAAACAACCGGUGUUAUAUUUUCUACACUCAUCAGUGUCUGUAGAAAUGUAUUAUUAUGUGAUUUGUUUCUUCUAAAUGCAUGGAUCAAUAUACUGGAACUCUUUUAGCUUAGAACCCCCACUUAUCUGGAAACUACUCGUCCUUUCUCCAAGUUAGUUGUCUUGUUCUUCAAGGCGAAAUGGUUGGUGGAUGGAUUUACCUCGUGCUAUCUUUCACUGCAAGACUAAAACGUUUGUUUGAUGAGCCUCCAAGGCUCCAACUAGUUAUUUUGGCAGGUCGAUUGAUGAAAAUAGUGGAUC